AUGAUAACCCCAGUGAGAAAUGGUUUUCAAUUCGAUGUCGAAUUGAUGUCGAAAUCAUCAUAUCGACGUCAAUUCGACAUCGAUUCCACAUCGAAUUGGGUCAACAAAGAUGAAUACAAAAAUAAUGCUGGUGAGCUUGUGUUUUAUUUUCUGGAUCUAUGUAGUUUGAAGAGCGUGAGAGAUUGUGCUAAAAACUUAUUGAUGAACGAAGCAGCUAUUCACAUAUUGAUAAAUAAUGCGGGCGUGGUUACGCAUCCGUACGAAAAGACACAGGAUGGAAAUGAGACGACAUUUCAAGUCAACCAUCUUAGCCAUUUUCUUUUGACACUUCUGCUAUUGCCAAAAAUGCAAUUGUCUUCUCCUAAUUGCAGAAUAAUCAAUGUCGCGUCACUUGCAUAUAUUUUUGGAGACAUAAAUUUUGAUGAUAUUAAUCUGGAAAGAUCUUAUACGCCAACGAAAAAUUAUUCACAAUCUAAAUUAGCCAACAUUCUGUUUACCAAGGAACUUGCUCGUCGAUUGAAAGAAUCAAAUAUUCGCGGGAUAAACGUGUACUCUUUACACCCUGGUAUUAUUGAGACCAAAAUAAUUCAGCAUCUAAAUCAGCAUCUAGAUAAUAUAUUUCCAGGUGCAACUUUUCUUUAUGGUUUGUAUGCAAACUUAUUUGGUAAAAAUGUUAUACAAGGAGCACAAACAACAAUAUAUUGUGCAAUGGAUGAAGAAAUAGCCAAUGAUACUGGACUUUAUUAUUCAAACUGCAGAGUCGCUACUACAUAUCGGAAGGCAAACGAUCCCCAAACUGCCGAAAAGUUGUGGAAUGUAUCGUGUCAACUUUUGCAUUUGAAACCAGAAGAAAAUUUCACCACAUUUUUGGAAACUGUUUCACGUCACAUGCUCUAAAAAGAUUUCUUUUUUUAUCGAUGAAUUAUCUAACAAAAGAAUUACGUAAAGUACAGUGUCGAGUUAUUUGCAUGAAUAAUGCGGUCUUGUUAUCAAAAAAUUUUAUUUACAAUAUUGGAUCUAUAAAUUCGCUUUAAAUUUUUCAUGGUUUUAAUGAUUCCUGUUGAAGGGAAUUUUAAUCCUGUAAUGGCUUUAAUUAUAAUGUUAUUAUAAAAAGCCUUUAAAUCUUUUUCUUGCGCGACUUUGUUUAAUCUUUGUCAUAAAAGCAAAAUAGAAAAUUAAAAAAGCGAUGUAAAAUUCAAUCUAAGAUUGUCAACAGGUAUUAGUUAACGCGAAAAAAGGCGCAAAAAAGGCACAAAAACAAGACAUUUAUUGAUAACAAUGUUUAACAGUAUUUUAUCAUGGAUAAUAAAUAAUUAUUAUCGCAUUACUUACGAUUAUUGAAUCGCGCGUAUUGAAACUUCGAGGUUGUCACAAGUCAGAGAGUUACGGAACGCAAAUUCUAACUGAAAUAAAGAGAAAUAUAAUCGAAUAUAAAAUCUUAUGAACCGUCAACUGAACGAACAGAUUUUGUGUUACCAAAAUCAAAAUGUCAACUAUCAAUAACGGAAUAUCAGCGAUAUUUUUCGCGUUUCCUUAUUUCGGGUCCAAUUGUAAUAAUCACUGCUUUAUUGAGCACUGCAGAGAAAAAUAGCAUAUUCAGCCUAUUCAGGAUUUUUUAACUCAAUUUUUUAAUAAGAGGUAGCACUGUAUGAUUAGUGAGCGAAAUUUAAGAACUAUUUUUGUCUACAAUGCUUAAUAAAGCAGUAAUUACUGCAGUAGUGAUUUGCAUGUAUAAUGUGAUCUUGUUGUAUAAAAAUUUUAUUUACAACAUUGGAUAAAUAAAACACUUCAUAUAAAUACGUUUUAUUUUUUAUGGUUUUAAUAAUGAUUGUUGUUGACGAAAUUGUUUAAUCCUAUAAUUAAAUAAUCUUUUUAAUGAAA